CGAUUUCACUUCCAAACCAGUUUUUCUUCCUUGUUUGUGUUAUGUCUCUCUUCCAGCAAUAUUCACCUUUAUAAAACAUUUCCGUAUUUAAUAACGAAACCACUUAUAUCUGUCCGUAUUGUAUGUUUUUGUCAACAUUAACUGACUUAUCACCCAACCCUCCAUCGCACGAUAUAACCGGAAAAAUUGAAUGAUUCCAACCAAACAUCAAUAUUAAAUAAUUGCCGGAUAAUCGAGAAAGCUCUCUCAAAUUAUCAAAUGACAUUUGUGGUUAUAGGAUUGCUUACAGCAGAAUCAUCAUACAUCAUCAAUAUUGAUCAUCUUUUGAAGAUUACUUAAGUGAUAUAAUCUGCUUAUAUAAAUCUCUGGUGAAUUAGUGAAAUAUUUCUUCUGAAUGGUGAUUAAUAGCAAAAUUUUUUCUUGGAAUGUUUAGAUGAUAAAACUAAACUUGGACAAAUUUACAAAGGAGUUUUCAGCCUCUUCAAAUCUCAACAUAGAUCAGAAUUGAUGAAAAUAUAACAGCAGAAAUAUUUGUUACAAAUAAUAUGUGAGUGAGGAGAAAAAUAGAAUAAACAUAUUUAUUUAAGUGUGACUGUGUGGUAAGAAGUUUGCUUCCCAACGACAUGGUUCCAGGUUUAGUCCCACUGUGUGGCACUUUGAGCAAGUAAUUUCUACUGUAGCCCGAGGCCAACCAAAGCCUUCAUUUGACUAAAACCCCACAAGGCAGUGCCUCAGCAUGACUUCUGUCCAAUGUCUGAAACAAAUGAUAUUUUAGCAAGAGAAGAAAAAUUAUGGAAAAUAAAUUAUGUGAGGACACAGUUGAAUUUAAAACAGAAUUCAAACCUAUUGAUUUUCCUGAUAAUAUAAAGAAAGAGAAAAACGAGACACCUUCUCUAUGCAACAUUUGUGGUAGGUCGUUCUCUGAAAAAGAUCACCUCACUAAUCAUAAAUGUAUUCACACAGGAGAGAGGCCAUAUCAUUGUGAUGUCUGUGGUAAGUCAUUCUGUCAAAAAGUUCAUUUAACUGUUCAUGUACGCGUCCAUACAGGAGAGAAACCUUAUCACUGUGAUGUCUGUGGUAAAUCAUUCUCUGUAGGAAGUACCUUAACAAAACACAAACGCAUUCAUACAGGAGAGAAACCAUAUCACUGUGAUGUCUGUGGUAAAUCAUUCUCUGGAAGUAGCGACUUAACUCAACAUAAACACUUUCAUACGGGUGAGAGACCAUAUCGUUGUAAUGUGUGCGGAAAAUCAUUUUCAAAAAGUCCACACUUAACUGUACAUAAACGUAUUCACACAGGAGAGAAACCGUAUCAGUGUGAUAUCUGUGGUAAAUCAUUCUCUGGAAGUAGUCCCUUAGUAAUUCAUAAACGUGUUCAUACAGGAGAGAAGCCAUAUCACUGUGAUAUCUGUGAUAAAUCGUUCUCCCAAAGUACACAUUUGACUGUCCAUAGAAAUAGUCACACAGGAGAAAAACCAUAUCAGUGUGAUAUCUGUGGUAAAUCAUUCUCAAAAAAUCCAUACUUAACUAUACAUAAACGUAUUCACACAGGAGAAAAACCAUAUCAGUGUGAUAUCUGUGGUAAGUCAUUCCCUGGCAGUAGUGCCUUAGCUACUCAUAAGCGUGUUCACACAGGAGAGAAACCAUAUCAGUGCGAUGUUUGUGGUAAACCAUUCUCACAAAGUGCACACCUAACUGUACAUAGACUUAUUCACACAGGAGAAAAACCAUAUCAUUGUGAUAUCUGUGGUAAAUCAUUCUCAAAAAAUAAAUAUUUAAAUCACCUCACUAAUCAUAAAUGUAUUCACACAGGAGAGAGGCCAUAUCAUUGUGAUGUCUGUGGUAAGUCAUUCUGUCAAAAAGUUAAUUUAACUGUUCAUGUACGCGUCCAUACAGGAGAGAAACCUUAUCACUGUGAUGUCUGUGGUAAAUCAUUCUCUGUAGGAAGUACCUUAACAAAACACAAACGCAUUCAUACAGGAGAGAAACCAUAUCACUGUGAUGUCUGUGGUAAAUCAUUCUCUGGAAGUAGCAACUUAACUCAACAUAAGCUCUUUCAUACAGGUGAGAAACCAUAUCACUGUGAUGUGUGCGGCAAAUCAUUUUCAAAAAGUCCACACUUAACUGUACAUAAACGUGUUCACACAGGAGAGAAACCGUAUCAGUGUGAUAUCUGUGGUAAAUCAUUCCCUGGAAGUGGUCCCUUAAUAAUUCAUAAACGUGUUCAUACAGGAGAGAAGCCAUAUCACUGCGAUAUUUGUGGUAAAUCGUUCUCCCAAAGUACACAUUUGACUGUCCAUAGAAAUAGUCACACAGGAGAAAAACCAUAUCAGUGUGAUAUCUGUGGUAAAUCAUUCUCAAAAAGUCCAUACUUAACUAUACAUAAACGUAUUCACACAGGAGAAAAACCAUAUCAGUGUGAUAUCUGUGGUAAGUUAUUCCCUGGAAGUAGUGCCUUAACCACUCAUAAGCGUAUUCAUACAGGAGAGAAACAAUAUCACUGCAUUGUUUGUGGUAAAUCGUUCACGCAAAGUGCGCAAUUGACUGUACAUAGACGCGUUCAUACAGGAGAAAGACCAUAUCAGUGUGAUAUCUGUGGUAAAUCAUUCUCAAAAAAUAAAUAUUUAAGUACUCAUAGAUGUAUUCACACAGAA